UGGAGCGCGGCGGCCGGGAGGAAGUGCGGGGCCUGUCCGGGAGCGUUAAGGAAGUUGCCCAAAAUGAGGAAGCGUCGUGCACUGGGCGACUGAGGCGACUCCGGCGGCGGGAGCAGCGAGGAGGAGGGGGCUGCUCGGCGCUGCGCCCAGAGCUGCCGCCUGGAUCGCGCCAGUCCGGUCCCCGGAGACCCGCACCCCGCCCUAGCCUCACCUGACCCAGGUGGACACCUGAGGGGAAGGCGCAGGGAUGGGUGACAGCGCUAACCACCUGCCCUUCUUCUUCGGCAACAUCACCCGGGAGGAGGCAGAAGGCUACCUGGUCCAGGGGGGCAUGAGCGACGGGCUCUACCUGUUGCGCCAGAGCCGCAACUACCUGGGCGGCUUCGCCCUGUCGGUGGCACACGACCGGAAGGCACAUCACUACACCAUCGAGCGGGAGCUAAACGGGACCUAUGCCAUCUCGGGCGGCAGGGCCCACGGCAGCCCCGCCGAGCUUUGCCACUACCACUCCCAGGAGCUGGAUGGCCUCAUCUGCCUCCUCAAGAAGCCCUUCAACCGGCCGCCCGGGGUGCAGCCCAAAACCGGCCCCUUUGAGGACCUGAAGGAGAACCUCAUCCGGGAGUAUGUGAAACAGACAUGGAACCUACAGGGUCAAGCUCUCGAGCAGGCCAUUAUCAGCCAGAAACCUCAGCUGGAGAAGCUGAUCGCCACCACAGCCCAUGAAAAAAUGCCCUGGUUCCACGGAAAAAUCUCUCGGGAUGAAUCUGAGCAGAUUGUCCUGAUAGGAUCAAAGACAAAUGGAAAGUUUUUGAUCAGGUCCAGGGACAAUGGGUCUUACGCCCUGUGCCUGCUGCACGAGGGGAAGGUGCUGCACUACCGCAUCGAUAAGGACAAAACGGGGAAGCUCUCCAUCCCUGGCGGGAAGAAUUUCGACACACUCUGGCAGCUCGUCGAGCAUUAUUCUUAUAAGUCAGAUGGUUUGUUAAGAGUUCUUACGGUUCCAUGUCAAAAAUUUGAUGGUCAAAUGGGAAAUAUUAAUUUCCGUCCACAACUUCCAAGUUCCCAUCCUGUGACUUGGUCAGCGGGUGGAAUAAUCUCAAGAAUCAAAUCAUACUCCUUCCCAAAGCCUGGCCACAGAAAGGGCUCCUCAUCCCAAAGGCCAGAAAGUUCGGUGACGUUCAACCCUUAUGAGCCAGACCGAGGGCCCUGGGCCAACGAAAGAGAAGCCCAGAGAGAAGCCUUGCCCAUGGACACCGAGGUCUAUGAAAGCCCCUAUGCAGACCCCGAGGAGAUCAGGCCCAAAGAGGUCUACCUAGACCGGAAGCUGCUGACCCUGGAGGACAAGGAACUGGGCUCUGGGAACUUUGGGACGGUGAAGAAGGGCUACUACCAGAUGAAGAAAGUUGUGAAAACAGUGGCUGUGAAAAUCCUGAAAAACGAGGCCAAUGACCCCGCUCUUAAAGAUGAGUUAUUAGCAGAAGCAAACGUCAUGCAGCAACUCGACAACCCUUACAUUGUGCGCAUGAUUGGGAUAUGUGAAGCCGAGUCCUGGAUGCUGGUUAUGGAGAUGGCGGAACUUGGUCCACUCAACAAAUAUUUACAGCAGAACAGGCACGUCAAGGAUAAGAACAUCAUAGAGCUGGUUCAUCAGGUGUCUAUGGGAAUGAAAUAUUUGGAAGAGUGCAAUUUUGUGCACAGAGAUCUGGCUGCAAGGAAUGUAUUGCUGGUUACUCAACAUUAUGCCAAGAUCAGUGAUUUUGGACUUUCCAAAGCACUUCAUGCUGAUGAAAGCUACUACAAGGCCCAGACCCACGGGAAGUGGCCCGUGAAGUGGUACGCUCCGGAAUGCAUCAACUACUACAAGUUCUCCAGCAAGAGUGACGUCUGGAGCUUUGGAGUAUUAAUGUGGGAAGCAUUUUCCUACGGGCAGAAGCCAUAUCGGGGAAUGAAAGGCAGUGAAGUUUCUGCUAUGCUGGAGAAAGGAGAGAGGAUGGGGUGCCCUCCAGGGUGUCCGAGAGAGAUGUACGAGCUGAUGACCCUGUGCUGGACCUAUGACGUGGAGAACAGGCCCGGAUUUGUAGCAGUGGAACUGCGGCUGCGCAAUUACUACUACGAUGUGGUUAACUAACGGCUCCCACGCCCGUCUGUGGCUGCCUUUGGCCAAAUGAGAAGUUGAAGGAAGACUAUUCCAGUGCUUUGAUUUUGAGUCUCCAUCUUCCUCCGCCCAGGAGAGCCAGCUCAGGUGGAACGUUCCAGUGACUGUCGUUCCCCAAAGCCUGUCCUGGAACACGCCCUCCACAAAGCAACCCAUCCCAGUUAGGAGCGGUGGGAAGACAGACGGACACCAGGACCAAGGGUCCCUUGGAUUCGUGUGUGUUUCUUGUCUGAGUGGCAGGUUAUUUGCAGGAUUUGUUUCCAAAUUUCUUUCUGUCUUUUCAGUUCUCGGGCUCCUGGGCUGCAUUUGAAUACCCAGCGUCACCAUGGGGUGCUGAAUCCUCUUUCCCAUUUCGGCUGCAUUUUCAGUGGCCAGAGGGUGCCCUUGGCUUGUGAUGCCUGCUGUGGAGGGAAGGAAGGGAGAGGAGAAGAGGUUUGACUGCCUCCAGAACAUGGCUCCUACAGGUCCCAAGAUUGAGCCCUGCCACUGAAAAACAUUCCCUGAUAAAAGUGCUUUGAGGCUUAAAAAAAUCAGGCUGGACCACUGCAGUUUCUAAGCCUGUAGCCCAGUUAAGGGAAAAUAAAAAUUCUGGAUACUG